ACCGCGAUUCUCCAUCAACUGAUCAUUCUAAGAGAAGUGUGCCAGGUAAAGCGAUCGUCUCGAAGUCAGAAGAUCACCUUCUCAUUUGUAGUAGAUGGCGACUUUUCAAUAAAUUUUAAACAUACUUCAUUAUUUUUAUUCUUUUUUUUGCGAAUCCGAGAUGAGGAAAAAAGGAAUUUAAUGUUCAAGAUGUCAUCAAGCUAUAUUUCAAGAUGUGUAGUUUUUAUCUAUUUCCUCGUUGACUUGACCUGCCCAGUACUCGGCCAGGAAUGUCAUCAUCUUCCUGUUAAGCUGACAUCAAAUGACCGAAUGCAUGUUGUCAGGCCGAACACACAGUCUCGAAUACUCAGUCCAGAUAAAAGAAUGAAAAUUCAUGUCGAGUAUCAUCAGUCGCUUCUGGAACACCCCAAGGCACAAGAUGUUCAGAAUGCUGUUGCUGAAGUUGUUGACCGGAUGUCACGAACACUUUCAGUGAAACAGGAGCCUGGAUAUUUUCAAUUUAAAACGUAUUGCGAGAGUCCUCAGCAUCAAAUUAACAUCAACGGACAACCAUAUUGCACUGUCAGUUCGUGUUCCUAUUCCUACUGUGGUGGGAUAAUGGCACCGCCAACUUUAUCAGAGCCGUGCCAUGACUGUGAUGAUGGUGGUGAGAACUGCACAAUGAGUGGAGGCCCGUCACCGAACAGGGGGGCAGUUCAUUAUGUUUUAUUGGUUUCGUCUGUUGAUACAUCGUGUAGAGAGAAUUUCAUCGGUUAUUCAUACGCAUGCCGUAUUGAUGAUACAACAGACAGGCCUGUUGCAGGUGUCAUCAAUUUUUGUCCGAUCGGGUUAGCGCUGGAUAGGACCCAAAUGAUGGAUACGAUUCAACAUGAGAUGUUUCAUGUCCUGGGAUUUUCUUCAUCAAUGUAUGGCCUCUAUCGAGAUGCCAGAGGAAAACCCUUGACACCAAGAGAAUCAAAUGGGUUACCGGCACUUAAUCAAAAAACUUUUGAAUUCGAAUGGAGUGAUCAAGUGAUUCGCAAUUUCACAUUGGAUUGGGAUUACACUGGCGGGACAACGCAGCGGUCUGUCCAGGCAUUCGUUUUGCCCAAUGUUCUGCGGGAAGCCAGGGCCCACUUUGGAUGUCCUAGUCUGAUGGGCGUGGAGUUGGAAGAUGGUGGAGGAUUCGGCACAGCAAUGUCACACUUUGAGAAAAGAAUUCUUGCAACUGAAUCAAUGAAUGGAAUGUUAACGGCAGUUCGUGUAUUCUCUCGUAUCACCCUUGCUGUGAUGGAAGAUACAGGAUGGUACAUACCUGACUACAGCAUGGCUGAUAAACUCAACUGGGGCAAAGAUCUCGGAUGCGAUUUCCUUCUGAAGAGCUGCAAGAACUGGAUCGAUACGAGAAUUAACAGUGGCUUGUCUCCUGCCCCUUGGUGCAGCCGUCGUAAUGAGAGUAGUUGCCACGUCGAAGGGACGGAUGCUGCCGUUUGCAAGAUACGCACUUAUAACUCACCUAUCCCAGCAAUCUAUCAGAUGUUUACGGAAGUCGAUGGAUUCGAACCAGCCGAUCUUACGAGAAUUGGGGGCAACCGUUUAGCGGAUUACUGCCCAUAUCACGAGGUCGACAGGGAUUCUCCGCAUAACCUAUCCGCAACCGACUUUCACUGCACAAAUACGGAAAUUAUCGAUGAUUGCAGACAUAAUAAAUGUACAAACGGUGGAGUAUGUCGUGACAUCAUGAAUGGUUAUUACUGCGAUUGUCCAAAUGGAUAUUCCGGGGCUUUCUGUGAUUAUGUGAAUGGAGACUGUGCCACGAAUUCAGAUUGUCAAAUGAACGAGGUUUGUUCCUCCAACCAUGGUUGCGAGUGCGUCCGAAACAGAAUACGCGACGAUAAUGGACAUUGCAUAGGUGUAACAGAUGUACAGGAAUACACAAUAACUGUGAGGAUAACGGAAGUAAACGGAGUCCCAGCUGUGUACCAGCCAUCACUGACGGGCAAAUCUGGGGAAGGAUUUAGAAAUGACAUAGAAUAUGAGAUUCGCCAGAUGACAUGGAACGAUUCAGUCAUUCGCGGUGCCUUAUUGAACGUCGUGACCAGGAGGGUUUACAGAGGGAGCAUCAUGGUGGACCUGUCGGUUAUCCUACAGAAGAAUUCCUCUUCACCCAUCUCAUUGGCCAAUCUUGCAGCUGAUGCUUCCAUGCAGGAUAGCAUCUUGCGGAAGAGUGGCACUGCAUACACGGUGGUGCCAAGUGAAACAGUCGUUCGAGAUACCAACGAAUGUGAAGAUGGCGCGGGAAACGACUGUUCUCACUACGCCGAGUGUAUCAACACAGAAGGAAGCUACGAAUGCUCUUGUCUUCCGGGGUUUACUGAGGGAACAGGGGUACUUUUAGGACGAGAAUGCAUAGACAUAGAUGAGUGUCAGUCUAGUUUGGACAAUGACUGUUCGCUUGACGCCCAAUGUAUAAAUAUGAUGGGGUCAUACAACUGUAGCUGUCGUGAGGGCUAUGAAGACGGCUUACAUAGCGAUGACAGACCCGGUAGAGUGUGUCACAAACAGGCCAUCCCAAGUCCGUCGUCGCCCCCUGGACUUCCACCGGUGAUCAUCAUCUCUGUGUCUGUUGCUCUUGGAAUUUUCUUUUUGCUCGCCAUCCUCCUCAUAUACAUAUCGUUUUUAGUUCGGCGGAAACGGACAGGACCGCGAUACAACGAUCCCCCAAAUCCCCGAUCUUUAAAUCAACUUCCUCGUCAAGACACACACACUGAUGCUAAGAACAUCAGAGCACUCCGUAGUGACGUCAGUAGAAACCCCAUUCACAAUACGCCCCUCCCAAUUUACCAUCAUGAGGUUCCCCACGUACAUCGUACGCCAGACAGGCACCUCCCACAUGAUAAUUUUGAGUUGCCUCACUCACAUCGCAAACAGGGCAGGUCCCACUCACAUAAAGAUCGUGUUUGGUCCCACCCACAUCAUAAUCUAGAGACGAAUCACCAACUCCAAUUUUCUGCUAGGUCCAUAGGAAGCAGUUUAAACUCGAGUUACAGUAAGGCUUAUACGGAAUCCACCCAUCUAUCAACGGAACCUGGCUUAUGUGAGCUUGCGAGAGAUUUACAUUCGACGGAAGCUUGUACACCACACAAACUAGGAUAUGCACCCAGUAAUCGUCCAAUAUCUCACGAUAACCACAUUUGAUGACAACUUCACUCGGGCGACGCAGCGCUUGUCUCCAGAGUUUGUUUUGUAUUGGAUUGUUGGUGUUAGAGGACGGAGAGUUCCCGCAUGAAGAGGAAGCAGGAGUCAGAAGAGUUUAUUUCCACACUUUGCAAUAAUUUGUGGAAAACGGGGUCUGUUGAAAUUUCUAUAAAAAAUCAUAACUUGUAGCAAAUGUGGAAAAUAAAUAAUGUUAUGAAUUAGUACAAAAUCUAAUUUUGAACAUUGCCAUUGACUCAGACCAAAAACAAACGCAGAUUCACCGCCUUUUAAAAUCUAACAAAGAAUGCUGCACUGCCGUUGGUCAGAAUUUUGAUAUGUAUUUAAGUUUAAUUUCUGUAUGAUAUUGAUUUCAGUAGAACAUCAGAUAUUUCACUAAAUGAAAUAAUCAGCCACUAGGCUAUAUUACAAAGAGUUAAUUGCGAUUUUGCUACCUCUUUCCUAGUUGGAAUCAAUCGCAUUUAAAGGACAAAUCCACCCCCCCCCCAAAAAAAAAUAAAUUGAUUUGAAUAAAAGGA